AUGCUGCACCGGGACCUCAGCAACCCCGACCACCAGACCAACCUGCACCUGCACUACCACCUCCCCUACCCCUCGGGCGAGACCACCAACGCGCGGUCCCUCUUCGCCCUCGCGCCCACGGCCCCGGCGCUCUUCACGCCGCGCGACCCCUCGGUGCACAAGCCGCUGACGCCGCAGCAGGUGCUGUCGCGGCGCCUGCACUGGGUCACGCUCGGCGGGCAGUACGACUGGACCGCGCGCGUGUACCCGGCGCGGCCUCCGCCGGCCUUUCCCGCGGACCUGGCGCGGUUUCUGGGGGCGCUGUUCCCCGCGACGGACGCGCAGGCCGCCAUUGUCAACCUCUACACGCCGGGCGACACCAUGAUGAUGCACCGCGACGUCAGCGAGCUCACCGACAAGGGCCUCGUGAGCUUGAGUUUUGGCUGCGACGGGCUUUUUAUGAUUGCGCCCAACAAAGUGGCGACGGCGACGGCGACGACGACGACGACGACGACGACGACGACGACGAUGGAUGAGGGCAAGGCUGCGGCGGCUGCAGACGACGAAAAAGACUACCUGCUGCUGAGGCUGCGGUCGGGGGACGCCAUCUACAUGACGCAAGAGUCGAGGUGCGCGUGGCAUGGUGUGCCCAAGAUUGUGCCGGACACGUGUCCAGAGUAUCUAGAGAACUGGCCGGCGCAAGAGGACGGGCAGUUUAGCGCUUGGGAGGGCUGGAUGAAGACCAAGAGAAUCAAUCUCAACGUCAGACAGAUGCAAGACUAG